CAGCACAUUGCUGUUCCUCAAUCGAAUCCGUCAUAGAGACGCGGCGGUAUACGCUUUUUGUUUGAAACACCCAAAGAAAACAAAACACAAAAAGAAAAGGGUAGUUGAAACAAAAGAGCAAAUUAUUUUCCCUAAUUUCUUCUUCUCUUCUACCAACCAGUCUUGAUUUCUACCUCGAUCUGUAAGCUAGAGUACAACGUGCCACAAAUCGUUUCUGCAGAUUACACGACCAGCAAAUUUAUUGGCAUUGCUCUGUAUUCGUUGCUGGUGUUUGGUCAAAUUUAAUAGGGAGCUCAUUUUUAGUUUUCUCCGCCAACUUUCCUUGAAAUAACCUAUCUUCUCUCGAAUUUAUCGAACACCCUUUUUAUUCUUGAAACAGUUUGUCUGACUCGCAUUUUAAUUUUCGUCAUGACUUCUGCUGCAUUUCAACAAGCAAUCGGGAUACCUGGUGGUUGCUUUAGUAAUGCAGGCAUCAAUCAGGCUAAUGGGAUUGCUUCAUUUAGGUCAAUUUCAAAUAGAUGGGUGCUUGAUAUUAAAUGUUUGAGGCAAAGAACUUCUUGCUCUAGAAUGAGAAGAUUCAGUGUGGUUCAAGGCUCAACUUCCGAGACUACUGUUUUUGAGUCAGUUUCGUCCCAAUCAAAUGGCACCACAAGUGGCUCCAAGAAGAAAUCAAAUGAAGCUGCGUUAAUUUUAAUUAGGCAUGGUGAGUCUAUGUGGAACGAGAAAAACUUGUUCACAGGCUGUGUCGAUGUGCCUUUAACAAAUAAGGGGGUUGAGGAGGCUAUUGAAGCUGGCAAAAGAAUAAGCAAUAUACCUGUUGAUGUUAUCUACACUUCUGCACUUAUUCGCGCACAAAUGACUGCUAUGCUUGCCAUGACCGAGCACCGUCGUAAGAGGGUUCCAAUUAUCUUGCACGACGAGAACGAGCAAGCAAGAGAAUGGAGCCAAAUCUUUAGUGAGGAAACUAAAAAGCAGUGUAUUCCAGUUAUUACAGCAUGGCAACUGAACGAAAGAAUGUAUGGGGAACUACAGGGUCUUAAUAAACAAGAAACGGCUGAUAGAUAUGGAAAAGAACAAGUUCACGUGUGGAGACGUAGUUAUGAUAUACCUCCGCCUAACGGCGAGAGUUUGGAAAUGUGUGCUGAGAGAGCAGUUGCAUUCUUUAAAGAAUACAUCGAACCACAGCUUGUAUCUGGUCAAAAUGUAAUGAUUGCGGCCCAUGGGAACUCACUGAGGUCCAUUAUUAUGUAUCUGGACAAGCUGACUUCUCAAGAGGUGAUUAGCUUGGAACUAUCAACUGGGAUACCGAUGCUUUACAUUUUCAAAGAGGGAAGUUUUAUUCGUAGAGGUAGUCCAGUUGCACCAACUGAAACUGGUGUUUAUGCUUAUACUAAGAGGUUAGCUCAGUACAGGCAGAAGUUAGAUGAGAUGUUCCAAUCCUACUUCAUUUCUGAUGAUAAAUUUCUGGAAAUGCAGAAGAUAGUGCUCAAGAUCUCACUAUGACCCUUUUUUGUCUGAGUGUUUUAUGAUAGUAAGUAAUGUUGUACUAUCUAGUGGUAGGUUCUCUCUAUAGCAAGUUGUUCACUAUGCACAGUUAUUUUCUGUUUGUUUAGUUGGUCAUUUAUAUGAUGUUAAUAAACUAUUAUAUUAGAGCGAAUCACUUAUUUUGCCGAGUCGUUAGCAUAAUGUAAUCGUGCUUGCGUGAUCAUUAUAUAUUUGCACGUUGCACUAUCGGAAUAUGCCCAAAAUUGAUGAUAAGUUGAUAGCUUCGGAACAGAAUUUGCA